AUGGCCCCCACGCAACAACCAAACUCGGACGCUGCCGCCUUCUUUGAACAGAUGAUGGGUUUGGACUCCAACCGUUUUGGCGCUACCAGCCGUGGUGUCGACCAUAGCGGCUCCGACUACACCAGUCAUCCUACCUUUUGGCCCGGCUUCCCCUUUGGCCGUCCUCCUCAUCCUCCUCCUCCCCCUCCUGGACCACCAGGCUCUGACCAUCCUCGCCCUUCCAGCCCUCCCGGCCCUGGCCGCCCCGGUCGCCAUCGUCAUCACCAUCCUCCCGGAGCUUGGGGUUGGGGCGGCCGCGGAGGCGGUGGUUGGACUGUAGAUGAUGGCGACUUUUACUUUAGCGACGACCAUCACCGGGGCGAUUACUGGGGAGGCCGUGGCUACGGACGCCACGGCCGUCACGGACGUAGUCGUCGUCACCAGCAUGAUAGCGAUGAAGAGGGCACCCGCGACAGACCCGUCAGCGUUGCCGACGAGGAAAAGAAUACCAGGUCGUCUGACGAGAAGAAGACGAAUGCUUCAGGAGAUGAGAAGAACGGCUCUCCCGAUACUGUGAGAGACGAUGUUCCCGAUCCCGAUGAAAUGGUUCCCGAGUACGAAGAGGCAAACAAACAUCAUCACAGCGAGCCCUUCACCGGCGGCUUCGGUGGCUUCGGUGGCUUCGGCCGCGGCUGCGGAGGUGGCCGUCGCGGCCGCGGCGGUCGCAGAGGCUCACACAGUCGCCGCAAUCACAACGACCGCAGCGGCUGGCCCUUUGAUACCACCGCUCCCGGCGCCGGUCCCAACAACGCCUUUAGCUUCCCCGACAUGAUGCGCGGCCUCAUGAGUCACCCAUUUGUGCAGCAGAUGGGCGCCGCCGCCGCGCGCGGCUUCAACGUGGACAACAACACGACCGAAAACCACGACGACGACGACGUCGACUCCUUCUCGCCGCCCGUCGACCUCUUUAACACGCCCCGCGCCUACGUCCUGCACGUCGCCCUACCCGGCGCCAAGCGCGAGGACAUUGGCGUUCACUGGAACGCGGAGCACGGCACGCUCUCCAUCAAGGGCGUCGUGCACCGCCCCGGCGACGAGGCCUUUUUGCAGUCGCUGCACUCGGCGGAGCGCCGCGUCGGUGUCUUUUCGAAAAAGGUUGUGCUGCCACCGCGGGCCGUGGGCGCCGCGAGCGAGCAGCAGCUGAAGGAGGACGUUGACGCCGAGGGCAUUGCGGCCAAGUUGGACGAUGGCGUCCUGGUCAUCAUGGUGCCAAAGGUGGAAAAGGAGUGGACAGAGGUCCGCAAGGUGGACAUUCUGUGA